AUGGCACCUCCGGAGUCGAGAGUUCCCCAUGUUCACUCGGGAACACGCGAUGGCCACUUGACAACACCCCUACAACCAUGUUCUUCAACCUCCAUCACCGAGGAAGAUGCCUCAUUAGAGUUCACACAGCGGAUUGAGAGGAAAUUAGCUGCAUACAAUGCAUCAGAGAAUGCGUUCAAGAGAUGGUUGUUUGAAAUAUUGAGCUGGCUCAUCAGUGCAUUCUGCAUGGUAUCUAUCAUCGGCAUCUAUAUCCGGAUCAACGGUCGAAAAACCAUCGAAAGCGAAGCACUCCUUACACUGACGAAUUUCUUGGGAAAGAUCGCUUCAGCUGCGCUGAUCGUUCCAACUUCAGAGGCUCUGGGCCAACUGAAAUGGAACUGGUUCCACAACUCCAAGGCCAUGUGGGAUUUUGAGAUUUUCGACAAGGCAUCACGUGGUCCAUUAGGAGCUAUGAUGCUCUUGUUUCGCACCAAGGGACGAUCUUUAGCUGCUUUAGGGGCGCUUUUGAUUGUGCUCCUUCUUGCAAUUGACACUUUCUUUCAACAAGUCAUGGUUUCCUCAGCUGAAUGGUGGCUUGUUGAUAUGGGAACAGUACCUAAAAUCAGGCGUUAUUCGCCACGAAUGAGUACCGAGUACAGAGCCGGCAUUGAGCUGCUUCAGUUUAAUGAGGACAUCGCCACUAUUGCAUCCAAGUUCUUCUACGAUAAUGGCACUCAGCCUAUCCGUUUUGGGAACGGAACGCGAGCCGAUAUACCCAUCAAUUGUCCUACCAGCAACUGUACCUGGCCUAUCUACGAAACGCUAGGAGUGUGCAGUGCUUGCCAGGAUGUCUCAGAGAUGCUUUGGUUUGGGUGCAUCUCAACCCGGAUUGACUGGAUUGCGAACUUGACUGGUACCGGCACUGAAUCUACAUAUCCCAACGGCACUUCAUGUGGCUAUUUCAUCAAUUCAUCAAGCGAAUAUCCUAUCCUCAUGUCCGGCUAUAGGUUGAAGUCUUCAGAUCUAAGCCCAGGAGAAGCUCUAUUAACACGAACCUUACCACUGAUCACCAAUCCUGACCGACAGCCGUUGUUUGGGGGCUCGAUUAACUACAAAGACAUACGGAAUCCUAUAAUAGAUGCUAUUAUUGUCGGUGCCUCAGACGGAAUUGGAGGUGUGUAUCGCAAUGAAACACCUACGGCACAUGAGUGCGUCCUCUCAUGGUGUGUAAAAUCCAUCAAAUCGAGCUACUCCUGGGGUGGUUACUCAGAAGAAGUUACCGGAAGUAUUACCAACACCACAGCUGGCCCCUAUCCAUGGACAACACGCUUUAUCGAGAGUACUGCUGUCAAUGGUACUGACAUCUAUUAUUCGGAGAACAUCAAUAUUGUACCAGGUUCGAUAGACGAUACUGCCCUUUCCUACGGUGUGUCAAACAAGACUAUGUCCGAAACUGUGGCUGUAUUUGAUGACGUUUUCCCAUCAUUCGUUACAGCCCAUAAUGCUACGGAGGAGCCUCUGAUGCGGAACAAAUUCUACACGGCAAAAAAGGGCCCUAUUACAAGAAGGCUGUUGUACAAUCCAUGGCAGCCACCAAACGAUGUUUCGCAGCACCUGUCACGCCUCGCGAUAGCCAUCACGAAUUUGAUGAGAUCGUCCAGUGUAAGCAGUGAAAGUGUUGCGGGCCAAGCGUGGGAAAGACAAGUCUUUGUUAGGGUUCGUUGGGAAUGGCUCACGUUCCCGCUCCUACUUCUGACCCUUAGCCUGGUAUUUCUGGUCUUGACAAUAGUCAAGACGUCGGGGGACGCAGGCAUAGGACUCUGGAAGACGUCAGCCAUGCCUACACUCAUCUACAGCUUACCGAAAGAGACGCAAAGUCAGCUUGCUUCACCAUCGACUUGGAAUUCGACACAAGGAGGGGGCAAGAAAGUUCGUAUCAGGCUACUACCUAAUAUAGGGUGGAGGGUGUCCGGUCAUAACCAGUUGAGUGCAUCACCGAAGCUGCCUCUAGCGAGCAAAGCUCCUCGCGGGUGGAUAUGA